AAAAAAAAAAAAAUAUCCACAAAAAAUCUGCGAAAAUUGUGCCCAAAAAAGACUAUUUAGCUGUCCGUUUUGUAAAGAAAAGGUGCAUAAGAGCUGUCAUGAAUGCAAGGACAUAGUUGUGAGUCUUGUGACUUGGGAGAGAGGGAGACAGAGAGGACUGGUGCGGGUGUUUGGUGAUCAGGGAAGCUGAUAUAACUGGAGGAAACUUUCAUUUUCAACUGGGUUUGUCAUGUCUUCUGUGUAUUCAGUAUGCUGUGAUGCAGCUGGAAUUGCCGGGAACCUAUUUGCUUUUGUAUUGUUCGUGUCGCCCAUACCUACAUUUAGGAGAAUCAUUCGAAAUGGAUCGACAGAACAGUUCUCGGGGUUGCCUUAUAUAUAUGCCCUCUUGAACUGCUUGAUAUGCCUCUGGUAUGGGAUGCCCCUUGUAUCACCUGGUAUCAUAUUGGUUGCUACAGUGAAUUCAGUUGGAGCAAUUUUUCAAUUAAUCUACAUAGGCAUCUUCAUUACAUUUGCUGAAAAAGCAAAAAAGAUGAAAAUGUCGGGAUUAUUGACAGCAAUUUUUGGCAUAUAUGCUAUCAUAGUUUUUGCAAGCAUGAAGCUUUUUGACCCUCAUGCACGGCAAUUGUUCGUUGGAUAUUUGAGUGUUGCAUCCCUUAUAUCAAUGUUUGCUUCUCCUCUAUUCAUCAUUAAUUUGGUGAUUCGAACAAGGAGCGUUGAAUACAUGCCAUUUUAUCUGUCCCUGUCGACCUUUUUGAUGAGCCUUUCCUUCUUCACAUAUGGAAUGUUCAAGCAUGAUCCUUUCAUUUAUGUCCCAAAUGGAAUUGGAACCAUACUUGGGGUUGUACAAUUGGUGUUGUACGCCUAUUAUAGCAGAACAUCCACAGAAGACUUGGGAUUAAGAGAGUCCUUCAUAGAGUCGUAUGCCUGAUUCAACAAAUUGGCUGUUGAAAAGCUGCAUUUUAAUUCUCUUCAUGGAGAAGUUGGCUAUUAGAAUAUCGGUUUCAUAAGGGAAAUUAAUUGUGUGAGUACCCUGUCACUCAAAUUAUUUGAUUUGUUCCAUUGCUGAGCCUCUUUGCCGCUUUCCUUUUUUGCCUAAGCUUUGAGUUGAGAAAAAUGGUGAAGCCAACAUUAUAUGUAAAAUUGUCUGCUAGAGUAGUAGAAGGCACUGAAAGACUUGCAGGAUUGGCUGGUUGGUUGUUGUCAAUGUGCCAUCCUUAUGUAGAUGGAACGCAGAUUCUUGAUUACAUGAUGUAAGAGCUGAGUUUGAGGCAUUCAGUUGUGGUAGAAGUGUCCUAUUCAUUUCAUCCUUUUUUGUGAUUCUUCUGAUUUAUAUCAUCAAAGAAUAAUUCAACUCAGAAGGGCCUUAUUUGUGUUGGAAAUCGUUGUAUUCUCUUCUACUUUUGAGAUCGAUCGUAUUCUUCUUUCUGGCUUUUUGGUUAUGGAGCAGAGCCAACUCCAUGGAAACAUGACCUGAUUGUUGCUA